CCCUGGUUACAUAAGAUAUAAACAAGGGUAAAUUCUAUCGGGUCUCAUAUUGAAUCCAUAGGCGGACAAGGCAUCAUGACGCUAGAAAAAGUAUUGUUGAUUGGCUUUUUGCUACUGAGUAUUUCAGUUUUCGCUGGCGAAGCAAAAGGGUUGGACGAAACCUGUACACCUCCAACAAAUGGUGCAAAAGAUGAAUGUACAGUAGCCAAUUCGGAGUGUAAAACUAGCACAUGUGUAUGCAAAACAGGAUUCAUUAAAGACAAUGAAGCAUGUCUUAAGGUUUUCGGGAGAGUUUGCGAUGAAAAUAACCAUUGCCCUGCAGAUUCGAAAACAGAGUGUAAAAGUGGCAAAUGCGUUUGUGAAGAAAACUACGAAGAGAAGAAUGACGUUUGCACACUAACUGUCAGCGGGACUGAUUGCUCAUCAGUUACAACAGCAUGCGACAAUAUUGGAAAUGCCGUCUGUGACACGGGUAAAUGUAAAUGUAAGCCUGAUUACGUGAUGAAUGUUGACAAAUGUGAUCCAAAAAAUGCUGCUACAACCAUUGGAUUCGGUGCCAUGUCACUAGCAUUGUUACUUUCGACAGCAUCUUUUGUGCUGUUCUAAAGAAAUUUAAAUUCGUUGUGUUCCCGCCGGAAAAUAUACAGCGAAUUAUCCUGACCUUCUGUUUGUUUUGUUUGUUUUCCUGUAUACGUUUGAAAAAGACAUUUUUCUUUCUUUAUUAUUGCGGUAAAUGCACUUGAUUUACUUCGAAAAGUAAUAGUUUCAGGAUAUCUUGUUUGGUAUUGUAAAUAAACAAAAUAUCUAUUUAUCAAUGUUGCUCAUAACAGUUUCAUACACAUGUAUUACAUGUACAAAUAUUUCAAUUAAACAUGAGAAUUUAUUUUAUAAAUAUAGGAACCACUACAGUAAGUGCAAGUUAUUAAAAAAUGUAAAGGAUUCCACCCAAGAUUUUUAAGAAUGUUAAUGUUUAAUUUUUUUCUUAACACUAUUUCCUUAUAAAAAAUAUGAUUAUAUUUCCCCUUAUAUUUUGUUUUAUAUAUGUUGUCUUUUCCCUUCUAUAUUUAAUUGAUUUGUUGCUUGGAGUGAAGUGUUGAUUUUAUUAAUCUUGCAACUGUUAAGUUUUUAAAUGAGGGACUGAACGUUAACUAUAUAAUUAUAUUUUUGGUGGAUCAUGCUACUUUGUUUCAUACAUAGUAAAGUACUAUGUAAAAACCGAAAGGGUUACUAAUCGGUACUGAGUAUCAUCCGGAACCACGUGAUGUGCGUAUAGAAUGUUUCGAUAAAGCUCGCAAAGUUAAAAAAGAUCUUACCUAUAUAAAUACACAUACCAAAAUAUCAACUUGUAUUGUUUAAUAAAGUUGUGUUAAUAUAACAAGGUUUGUGUGGAACUUGACAUAAAAGACACUUUUUUGAGAAAAAAAAAAGUUAUCUUAAAAAAAAUAAUGAUGUAGGUUGGCCUUUCAGUAUCAUCAACAUAUGACUUAAUAAGUGUUUACUUCACUGGAUGAUAUUCCCGACAAAUGCCACGUGAUUAUGGCUAAACGUAAAUGCUCAUUUAAAAUAUAUAUAAUACAUAAGAAUAAAAUAGAAUUAACAUCUAACAUCAAGAUGUUUUAAACUGAUUUACUUGAGUGCGUUCAUGUCGUUGAAUGAAGACACUAUAGCAUAAAUACACUUUUUCUAUUAAAUUCUUUGUUCAUGAAGAUAUAAUUUUAAAAAGAAAAUGUACAUGCAUGAUAUUUCUAUAA